AUGAACACGCCAACAUUACCAUCAUCAAAACAGCAGCAGGCCUGUAUACUAUAUGAACACUAUCUCGAGCUACGAAAGAUGAGAGAGCACCGUCUGAAACUACUGCAAGAACAGCAGAAACGAGUGCAGCAACAUGAGCGGGGCCUCUUCAGAAUUAGAAAUCACCUUGCCAAAGCUGUAACAGAAGUCGCCAAGGUCCACGACAAACUAAACCAGUUGGUAGAAUCAGAUGUCUGGGUCACAGCAAAAGAACAUGAACAGAUCCAUUGUGUGUGCGAUAUGGUAGAGAGAGAAUUUUCCGACUGGGAUCUCAAGAAGAGAAAGAAGCAUCAGCAGAUUGAUAAAGAAGCCAAUGAUGCCAAGAUACAUGCGUCUCAUAUUGUGGGUAUCGAAAGAGCUCUAUUGUGUCUGGAAGAUCAAAUGCGACAGCAAUUUUCAGAGUACAAAAGCAAACGCAAUCGGGUUCAUGAUUAUCAACAGCAGCAGCAACAACAGCAGCAGCAAAUCUUUCUUCGUCGCUCUAAAUCACAAUGUUCAUUUACAUCCAUCAUCACUGCCACUUCCAAAAACUCAACAUCGCUAUCAGGAGCGUUAUUAAAAAAGUGGCUGCAGCCAAGAUUGCAGCAACAGCCACAGCCACAACAAGAAAGUAAUCUUCACGCAAGAUAUCGCCAUGUUGCUGCCAUGUAA